CCGGCUCCGCCCCCGCCUGUCUGUGUCUGCGCCAGCCGCUACCGAUAAAGUUGUUGUUCUGCCAACAUGGCGGCGCCCAUGGUGACUGGCCGGCCCGUGUUCGCUUAAAGGUGGAAAUUGAGGCGUGAGGAGCCGCAGGCCAGGGCCUGUGAGCAGGGCCUUCCCACCUUCUGGAGAAUGGCUUCUGCUUGGCGGAGACUGGGUUUCUAUGUCUGUUUCCUGAAAAGCAAGCUAAAUGGUGGGCCAGAUAUCAUCAGCAGAGGAAGGAGAGUAAUCCCGGGAUGUGCCAGAGGUAUUUACAGUGCCACGGGGACGUGGACGAAAGAGUACACGUUGCAGACGAGGAAGGAUGUUGAGAAUUGGUGGCAUAAACGAAUAAAAGAAGAAACCUCCAAGAUAUCAGAAGCUGAUAAAUCAAAGCCCAAGUUUUACGUGCUUUCCAUGUUCCCUUACCCUUCCGGAAAGUUGCACAUGGGCCACGUGCGCGUAUACACCAUCAGCGACACCAUUGCACGGUUCCAGAAGAUGAGAGGGAUGCAGGUCAUCAACCCCAUGGGAUGGGAUGCAUUUGGACUGCCUGCCGAAAAUGCAGCAAUCGAGCGGAAUCUACAUCCAGAAAGUUGGACGCAAAGCAAUAUUAAACACAUGAGGAAGCAGCUUGAUCAGCUGGGCCUGUGCUUCAGCUGGGAUAGGGAAAUAACUACAUGUUUGCCAGAUUACUACAAGUGGACUCAGUACCUCUUUAUUAAACUCUAUGAGGCUGGACUGGCCUAUCAAAAGGAGGCCUUGGUCAACUGGGACCCAGUGGAUCAAACGGUGCUUGCCAACGAGCAGGUGGAUGAGCAUGGCUGUUCGUGGCGUUCUGGAGCAAAGGUGGAACAGAAGUACCUCAGACAGUGGUUUAUUAAGACAACUGCUUAUGCAAAGGCCAUGCAGGACGCGCUGGCAGACCUUCCAGAAUGGUAUGGAAUAAAAGGCAUGCAGGCCCACUGGAUCGGGGACUGUGUGGGCUGCCAUCUGGACUUCACAUUGAAGGUGGACGGGCGCGUCACGGGGGAAAAGCUGACGGCCUACACGGCGACCCCCGAGGCCAUUUACGGCACCUCCCACGUCGCCAUCUCUCCCAGCCACAGACUCCUGCACGGGCACAGCUCUCUGAAGGAAACCUUUCGGAAGGCACUCGUCCCUGGCCAAGACUGCCUCACGCCCGUGACGGCCGUGAACAUGCUCACCCAGCGGGAGGCCCCUGUCGUUAUCUUGGCCAAAGCUGACUUUGAGGGCUCUCUGGAUUCCAAAAUAGGAAUUCCCAGCACCAGCCCAGAGGACGCCAGCUUAGCCCAAACCCUGGGCCUCCCCUACUCCGAAGUCAUCGAGACUUUGCCGGAUGGCACAGAGAGACUCUGCUGCUCUGCUGAGUUCACAGGCAUGAACCGGCAGGAUGCGUUUCUAGCCUUGACCCAGAAAGCCCGGAGGAAGAGAGUCGGUGGAGACGUGACGAGUGACAAACUGAAGGACUGGCUGGUCUCGCGACAGCGGUACUGGGGCACGCCCAUCCCCAUGGUCCACUGCCCGGCCUGUGGCCCCGUGCCGGUGCCUCUGCAGGAUUUGCCCGUGACCUUGCCCCACAUCACAGCUUUUACCGGCAAGGGAGGCUCCCCCCUGGCCACGGCUUCGGACUGGGUGAACUGCUCCUGUCCGAGGUGCAAGGGAGCCGCCAAGAGAGAGACAGACACAAUGGAUACCUUUGUUGAUUCUGCUUGGUACUACUUUAGAUAUACCGACCCGCAGAAUGCUCACAGCCCUUUUAACGCCGCCUUGGCAGAUUACUGGAUGCCUGUGGAUUUGUACAUCGGAGGGAAGGAACACGCUGUCAUGCACUUGUUCUAUGCGAGAUUCUUCAGUCAUUUUUGCCAUGAUCAAAACAUGGUCAAGCACAGAGAGCCUUUUCAUAAGCUGCUGGCCCAAGGCCUUAUCAAGGGGCAGACAUUCCGCCUGCUGUCUGGACAAUAUCUACAGAGAGAGGAAGUAGAUCUCACAGGGUCUGUUCCUGUUCACGCAAACACGAAGGAGACGGUGGAGGUGACGUGGGAGAAGAUGAGCAAGUCCAAACACAACGGGGUGGACCCCCAGGAGGUCGUAGGGCGUUACGGCAUCGACACCAUCCGGCUGUACAUCCUCUUCGCCGCCCCUCCCGAGAAGGAUAUCUUGUGGGAUGUGAAGUGUGACCGCCCAUUUCACAGAGGACUUCUCACUGAACUCGGCAAUCUCUCAGCUGAUGGGAUUCAGCAAUGCCCUCCUGCAAGCCUCGCAGAGAGUCGUUCUCCACAGCCCCGAGUUCGAGGAUGCUGUGUGUGCCCUGACCGUGAUGGCUGCCCCGAUGGCCCCUCACAUCACCUCGGAGCUCUGGGCAGGCCUGCAACAGGUACCCGGGAAGCUGUGUGCCCACUAUGCCUGGGAUGCCGGCGUGCUGCUUCAGGCGUGGCCGACCGUGGACCCACAGUUCCUUCAGCAGCCCGACGUCGUGGAGAUGGCCGUCCUGGUGCUCGUGUCGGGAUCACCGCUUCGCUCAGUCAGGACAUUGACGGAAGGGGACAUGGGACCUUGGCCGUAAAGAGGAGCAGCAUUUCCCUAGUGCAGAAGAGGAUGCCUGGUCGGCAGAAGCAAAGGGGGGAGCGCCCUCAGGGACAUUGGGACGAUCAACAACAAAGCCUGCGGCAAAAUCCCCGUGCCCCAGCGAGUCUCGCGGGACCAGGACAAAGUCCACGAACUCGUCCUCCAAAGCGAGCUGGGUGUCAGGCUCUUGCGGGGGCGAAGCAUCAAGAAAGCGUUCCUCUCCCCCAGAACGGCCCUCAUCAACUUCCUGGUGCAGGACUGACGGCAGGGAGGAGGAAGGGGUAGGGGUAGGGGGGCGCUGGCCCAGGGUGGGGAAACGACGGAUGUCUUGAACGCUCACCCUCGUCCUCUGACGGACGGGUAUGGGUGGUGAGCCUCUGUGGCGGGGCCUGGUGCAGGGGUGGGGAUGGGUGUGGGCAGAGCAGAAGGACUCUCGAAGGCGGAGGGGUGGGGCAGCCCCUGCAGGUGGAGGAAGCCAUCUGACCCCGCGCGAAGCCACCAGAGGUACUGCCGGGUGUUUGCAGGAAGGCGAGAAGAGAAGUGAGAAUGCGCGUGUGCCUCUCGAGCAGCCUGGGAGCUUCUGACCCCCAGAAGCUGCACAGCCUUCGACACACCCCGGGAACGGGAGGGCGAACUGAGGACCCACGCACGGCAUUUGGGUCGUGUCCAAAUGCCCAGAAUGUGGCGUGGACGCUGCGGUCUUCAGAAGCCGCUAGGAACCAGAAGGCAAGCGGGGCGGGUCCCUCUACAGGUGUCCCCGCCUCCUGGGGUGAAGCACCACUUCCUACCCUCUCUCGGGGUGUGACAUUUGCUGCGCAGUGAGGCAGGACCACGCCGGGUGGGACCUCAGAUGGAAGCAAUCGCAGGGCCGACCGCAGCCCCGCGCGGUGUCUGCUUAUGUGGGCCCCAAAUGCCGCCACCGCCGUCGAUGUGGCCCCCGGAGCCCAUCGUGAGAAGCGUGAGCUCGCCGGGGAGGAGUGGCCCAGAGCCACCGGGUGUUGCCUUCUUGUUCAGGCCGCCACCGUCUGGAAGCCGGGGAGGAGGCUGGGGACGGACCCCUAUCGUUGGUGUCAUUAGGAUAACCGGGUCCUAUGUGAUGUCAGCAAUUGGGUGCUCUGAGCAGAAGCGGCCAAAGCCACUGAUUAACAUUCAAUGGGGAAAUGGAGGAGAAUCUGGCCAUUUUGUGAUGCUGAAAAUCUGUAUUCGUUUUCUGAUGCCAUUUUUCUGAGGUAACCUCAGAUGAGGUAGCCUGCAGUUGAACAGCUAACAGAUGACUUUUUUUUUAACGUAAUAAAAUGUUUGUCAUGUGCGA